CAUCUCUCUCUGGUCGCUGUGGGUCUGUCUCUUCACUAACCUGCGCUUACUUCUGCUUCUGGAUCUAAACAUUUUUGCGAUGGCGGAGGACAGUGAAUCCGCGGCCAGUCAGCAGAGUCUGGAGCUGGAUGACCAGGACACCUGCGGCAUAGACGGGGAUAACGAGGAGGAGAAUGAGCAUAUGCAGGGGAGUCCAGGGGGAGAUGUGGGAGCCAAGAGGAAGAAGAAGAAACAGAAGAGAAAGAAAGAGAAACCAGGAUCAGGUGGUGCCAAGUCUGACUCUGCCUCCGACUCGCAGGACAUAAAGAACCCAGGCUUGCCUAUUCAGAAGUUACAGGACAUCCAAAGAGCGAUGGAGCUGUUGUCCUGCCAGGGCCCAGCCAAGAGCAUAGACGAUGCAGCAAAGCACAAAUACCAGUUUUGGGACACUCAACCAGUGCCCAAAUUAAACGAGGUUGUAACGAGUCACGGCCCUAUUGAAGCUGAUAAAGAGAACAUAAGACAGGAGCCAUAUUCUUUACCUCAAGGUUUCAUGUGGGACACUCUGGACCUUAGCAAUGCAGAUGUGUUGAAGGAAUUGUAUACACUCCUAAAUGAAAACUAUGUAGAAGACGAUGAUAACAUGUUCAGAUUUGAUUACUCACCAAACUUUCUAAAAUGGGCUCUGCGUCCCCCUGGCUGGUUGCCUCAGUGGCAUUGUGGAGUCAGAGUCUCCUCAAACAAGAAGCUGGUCGGCUUCAUUAGUGCCAUUCCUGCAGAUGUCCGAAUCUAUGACACACUGAAGAGGAUGGUUGAGAUCAACUUCCUAUGUGUGCAUAAAAAGCUACGAUCGAAGCGUGUGGCUCCAGUGUUGAUCAGAGAGAUAACGCGGCGUGUGAACCUUGAGGGCAUAUUUCAGGCUGUGUACACAGCAGGAGUAGUGCUGCCUAAGCCUGUGUCCACAUGCAGGUAUUGGCAUCGCUCUUUAAACCCUAGAAAACUUGUAGAAGUGAAAUUUUCUCAUCUGAGCAGAAACAUGACUUUGCAAAGGACCAUGAAACUCUACAGAUUACCAGAUAGCAUUAAGACUGCGGGCUUACGGCCGAUGGAGAAGCGCGACAUCCGUCAGGUGACGGAGCUUCUACAAAAGUAUCUAAAGCGUUUUCAGUUGGCUCCGUCGAUGGGAGAGGAGGAGGUGACUCACUGGUUCUUUCCUCAGGACAACAUCAUUGACACAUUUGUAGUAGAGGGUCCAGAUGGUAUUUUGACAGAUUUUGUUAGUUUCUACACACUGCCCUCUACAGUGAUGCAUCACCCGCUGCAUAGGAGCCUGAAGGCGGCGUACUCUUUCUACAACGUUCACACUCAAACUCCACUUCUCGAUUUAAUGAACGAUGCACUCAUCCUUGCAAAAAUGAAAGGUUUUGAUGUAUUCAAUGCUUUGGAUCUAAUGGAAAACAAGGUGUUCUUGGAGAAGCUGAAGUUUGGCAUAGGAGAUGGGAAUCUGCAGUAUUACCUCUACAACUGGAGAUGCCCUUCAAUGGACCCUGAUAAGGUUGGCCUUGUCCUUCAGUAGAGCCUCUCCAUGACUUAAAGGGAUGCAGUGAUACAGAGGUGGGCUGCGAGGCUGUGAUAUUCUGUCUGAAAACACAGGUACCUGAAUGAGACAGAGCUCUGCAGUGACACUGGCCUGGUGAUGGCCGCUCUUGGCAUGUUUAAGAUCAACUGGACAUCAUGCUAAACCUGAUUCUCAUACACACUGCUCCAGACAUGCUCCAUUUUAAUGUACCCAAGGGGCCUUCACAUUGUGUUUUUCUUUACUGCAACAAACUCAUUGCAAGGAAAAAAGGGUUUGGUUAAACUGAUAAUACAUGAACUGUAUUUAGUUAUAUUUGGCUGCUGAGUAUUCCCUGUGCAGCUCUGUACACUCAAUUUAAAUGUGUCUCCUGUUUGCCAUGUUUGACUGGUGCUGAGUCUUGGGAAUUAGAUCCUAAAAAUGUUACUGAAGUUUAUAUGGGUACUUCAACUAUUACAAAACAAUAGUUCUCAUUACACAUUUACAAAUGCUUUUAAUUACUUACAGUUGGCUCUUCUGUAAGUCCAAUUAUAUUUAUACUUUUAUGAGAAGGAGAUUCAUGUGAAAGGAUAAAAAGUGUACACCUUAAGUAUUCACUUACAUGGUCACACAAUUAAGAUAGUGAAUGUAAAGCAUUGCUAAAGCACAAUUUUGAGCGUUCCUUUAUUUUAACUGUUAAACUGUUCACCUAUAAACUUGUUUCUAUGGUACACAAUACAAUAGUUUUAACUUGAACAGGUACAAUGCUAAUUUAAAUAAGCUACUUCAAAUAAAAAAUGGGUUUAAGGUAAUGUUUGUUUGAAAUCAUAUUUCAAACAUGACAGUGGGAAAAAUAAUUGCAUAUAAUUUAAAUAGCCAUGUUGAUCAAAUGGCUGGAUGAAAGAUCAUAGGGGCCGUUUGUAGUGUACAGUUUUUCAAUACAUACUAUGGUAAAAAUUUGCAUCUGCUUAACUGUUACAAGCCUUUUUUGCUCCAAUACUGAUCAUUAUUAAUUACUUGAAACUUAUCCCAAAAUGGAUAAUUGCAUCAAUUUACAAUGUUUUGAGGGUCUUGUUUUAAUGACCUGAUAGUUUAAAAUGGUAUUAUGUGCCCAAGUUACAUUCUGUUUGUUUUAUACCUUCUUAUCAGUAUUUUAUUUAGGAUUGGACACUGAGCAGAAGAUACACCCCCCACAGUGUUUAAAUGUUUGUUUUUUUCAUGUAUGUGUGGCCUUUUGGAUUUCUUCUUUUCUUUGUUAUUUUGUGUUUUGCGGUUAUUAUUUUUUUGUUAAUAUUUUAUGUUAAAAGCUGUGGUCCUAAUAAUUACUGAAGCCAGGAUUCACAAACUCAAGCAAUGUCCUGAUAUUUCCCUGAUAAUCCAAUUUGCCUCUAGACAGAUGUUGCCUGCAGUGGAUUGAAUGAAUUUUGAGCAUGUGUUUUGCUACAGUUAUGUUGCUAGCCACACCCUUUAGUAAAAUCUCACCCGAAGUACCUGCCUUAGUUAUUUAAAUAAUUACAAGUAGGGGAUAUAGUGUUCAAAUGACAACAUACAACUUUGACUGAAAAUAUUUUUAUUCAGAUCCAUUGCAAGCUGUGAAAACACUGAAGACUCUGUACCAGCAUCAUCCUGAUGUGUCCCCAUGAAAAUCAAUGUCACAUGAGCUAAACCAGCAUGGAUAUUUGAUUGAAUAAACUCAUUUUGGGUAA